GAUGGAAGUUGGGCAGCAGGAGAGCUGAGCGGCGGAGCAGCGACCGAGGAGUAGAACGGGGACCGAGUUGGGAUCUUCUGCACUCUGCUCCAUUUUUUUUUUUUUUUUUUAAAUCACAUAUAACCCGGGAGGGUUUUUUAAUUCUUAUGGUGGAGGCUGUCAAACUUCUCUUUAUGCAUUGGAAUACCGAGGACGACGUGGAUGGAUGAUUUUUUUAUGCGUUUUUAUGUAUUUUCCUUUUCAAAGAUGUGCGUAUCUGCUAGCCCGCUAGCUAGCCAGCUAGCCGCUUGUUAGAGCCACACGGAGCCUGCUGUCUGCGUGCCUGCCGCCGCUGCCAACACCGCCGCCGCCGCCGCCGCUAAUAUUCCGCUUCAGACACGUCGGAGAGGAUUUUCUCUCCGCACUUCGGGCACAAUCACGGCGACUGCGGCGCAUUCAGAGACUUGGCGUGCUUCGGAAACAUCCCUCUGCGAGACGUGGAGACGCGUGUACCUUCGUAGCGGGAGGAUUUGCGGCCGUGUCGGUGUGGAUUUGGGCGGCUGGGCCUGCUCCAGGCCCUCCUUCUGUAUGAGCGAGCAGCAGAAAGAAGAGCAGCAGCAGCAGCCAGCGCACGGCCGCUAGCUAGCAGGUGAAGCUAACGCUAAAAAAACAAACAAAAAAAAAAACAAUAAAAGACGAAAGGCUAGCGCAUUCGAAAGGACUGCGAGACAGACAGAGGGAGGGAGAAAGGGGACAAAAAAGCCGGAGGAAGAAGAAGGGAAAAAAGCCUUAACGACGGCAUUUCACCCGGAGGCCACGAUACUCUCGAUUACUUUAAAAACCCUAAAGACUCCUUUUACAGCUAUGGCUACUAUCAUACAGAAGAUGGUCAGCCGAAACAAAAGGAGAUACCAGGAGGAUGGGUUUGAUUUGGACUUGACGUAUAUUUAUCCCAACAUAAUUGCUAUGGGCUUUCCUGCUGAGAGACUCGAGGGGGUGUACAGGAACAACAUAGACGAUGUUGUACGGUUUCUGGAUUCAAAGCAUAAAAAUCAUUACAAGAUAUAUAACCUAUGUGCAGAGAGACAUUAUGAUGCUGCCAAAUUUAAUUGCAGAGUUGCACAAUACCCAUUUGAAGAUCAUAAUCCUCCACAGUUGGAGCUCAUCAAACCGUUCUGUGAAGACUUGGAUAAGUGGCUCAGUGAAAAUGACAAUCAUGUGGCUGCCAUUCAUUGUAAAGCUGGAAAAGGGCGGACGGGCGUAAUGAUCUGCGCAUACCUAUUACACAGAGGCAAGUUCAGAAAAGCAAAAGAGGCUCUGGAUUUUUAUGGGGAGGUCAGGACCAGAGACAAGAAGGGCGUGACGAUACCCAGUCAGAGGCGAUACGUCUACUACUACAGCUACCUUCUGAAGAACCAGCUCGACUACAAACCGGUGGCACUGCUCUUUCACAAGAUGAUGUUUGAGACGGUGCCUAUGUUCAGUGGCGGGACCUGCAAUCCACAGUUUGUGGUGUACCAGCUGAAAGUGAAGAUCCACACGUCUAACCCAGCACACACGAGGCGUGAAGACAAGUACAUGCACUUUGAGUUUCCCCAACCGCUGCCUGUGUGCGGAGACAUCAAAGUGGAAUUUUUCCACAAACAGAACAAGAUGAUGAAAAAGGACAAGAUGUUUCACUUUUGGGUGAACACUUUCUUCAUCCCUGGACCAGAGGAGAACAUUGAGAAGGUAGAAAACGGGAGUUUACUGAAGGACAUGGAUGGGAUCCAGUGCACAGAGAGGGGGGAGAAUGACAAAGAUUAUCUAAUACUGGUUUUAACAAAGAAUGACCUGGACAAGGCCAACAAAGACAAAGCCAACAGAUUAUUUUCCCCAAACUUCAAGGUGAAACUAUAUUUCACAAAAACAGUGGAGGAACCAUCCAACUCAGAGGCCAGCACUUCAGCGUGUGUAACCCCGGACGUUAGUGACAAUGAACCGGACCAUUAUCGAUAUUCUGACACAACGGACUCAGACCCAGAAAACGAACAGCUGGACGAUGAUCAACACACACAGAUAACGAAAGUUUGAACUUAUUUUGUUUAUGGAAAGACAAAAAAAAAAAAAAAUCUUUACAUAAACCAGAGUUGUAAAAAGGAGAAAACUUGAAUAUGAACUGAAAGCAAGUCCUUUUUAUUUUUUUUUCUUUGUUUGUUUGUUUAUUUUUUUUGCCUUUCCAAAAAACAGAAGUAAACAAUGUGGGACAUUUUUCAUGCAAGAUGCCUCCGUUUUAGGGACACUAUUUCUGACCAAUUAGCUUCCCCCCCCCCGUUUGCCCCUUUUAUUGACAAAGUUGUUCACGCCUCCGUAGCUAGGAGUGCGGGAUGGGUGAAGUGUGCUGCUGCAUCUCCUGUUCAUAACAAGGCCAGUGCUAAAGUCCAUGUCCAUCCCCUACAUGUGCCCUCUUCUAGUGCACGAUCAUCCAUCGGACCUUCUGUUUUACGUACUGUGAAGCUUUUCGUGCUGUCCGCAGACUAACCCCACCCCUUAAAGAAAAUAGUACAAUGCAAGCAUUCAUAGUCUGCUAGCAUCGUUGCCACUAACAUAGUAAUAUAUUAGGCUAUAUGCAGUUUUAACUUUCCCUCUCCCUUCUACCCUUUGUCUGUUAACUACAAAUGCAGCAGAAACACACCGUAACCCCAAUAUUUUGUCAGUGGUGUGAUGUUUUUGUUAAAUUUAUCACAGCAGGGAAACCAGUGUUGCAAUAAUGUUGACACAAUAGUGGACAAAGGUUUGCAUGCUAAUUGAAUUAGUAUCCAUGUUGAGUAAAUAAAUGUUAUACAAUUUUAUUUCUCUCCCUUCGUAUGCGACGUUUCUGCUGGCAUUGAGGUUCGGUUUAUGUUGAGUUACCAGGUGAUGUCCCCACCUCAUUCUCUCACCAGGUGUAUUUGUAUUAAUUGUUAAACCAUCAACGACAUUAUAUUUUAUGUCACAUGGGUUCCCCCCCCAUUUAAACUGCUGAUGUGUAAUUAAUCAGCUGGCACAGAGCAGAUCUCUUCUGGGUUCUUGUCAAUCAGUCAGGCUGUUUACUGUGUUGCUAAGUUAUCAAUAUGAGACGGAACUUGUCUUGAGGUUUUGGCGUGGCCACAGUGGGUCGAAUCACAUGCUAGACAACGUGCUAAAUGCUCUCGAGCUUGUGUGCUUGAUUGCAUGCAUGUGGUAAGGAACUUGUGUGUUCGUGGCCUAGCCGUGUAGAGAAAUACCUGCUGAACACUGCGUAUGAGAGCGAUUUGAAUGUAUGCAUGUGCUCCCCUAAGUGCUAGAAGAAACCUCAUCCAGAGUUUGAUGCCAUAGUUUCAUUUUCUCCCCAUCUGUUUUUAUUUUUAUUUUUUAAAAGCAUUGCUGCUUUUAUUUUGGUCAGACGAGAUUCUUGGCUCCUCGGACUGUUUGUAGCCUUAUUGUGUGGUCUAAUGAAACCUGGAUCAUUUACUUAUUCAACAGUGGUGCUUACAAACUGCCAAACUACAAACUUACAAUGAACAAUAAUUUAAGAGCCAAGAAUGUGUGUCUGUGUCUGUGUGUGUGUGUGUGUGUGUGUGUGUGUGUGUGUGUGUAUGUGUGGUGGGGGGGAGCUUCUGUCAGAUGUGCAACUUGUGUAUGUACACUGACUGUUCGACUUCUCCUGUCUGACUGGUUUGGUUCUCUACAUUUUUAAAGCCCCCCCUGCGAUUUUUGAACAGGAUUCAUUCCUUUUGGAAUGAGGUGCAGCUACAGAUUAUACAUGUCUUCUGCUUGCUUCAGACAUAUUAAAGCCCUAUAUAUGAGUAUUUAAAUAUGUAUAAUUUUCUUUUUUUUCCGCAUGCCAAAUUUUAACAUCUGUCUCGCAGUGAGUCGUGAGCCAGAACAAAAAAGAGAAAAAAAUAAAGAAAAAAGAAUCAG